CUGUGACUCAUAAUGUGUCGAGUUUUUUUGUUAUGGGUUGUGACUUUAUUUUUAGUGUUGCGGUAGGAUCUGGGCGGACCGGUCAUUAGGGCAGCUCAGGAGUCAUUAUUUAUGCCCUCAUAUCUUCGUUAGUAUGAAAUAACUAUGUUGCUCCGAAACUACUACUACUAGGCCUGCAGAUUCUGUUGAGGUGUCAUCCGCAAUAAAUGAAUACGCCAUACUAUCUCCUGGGAAAGUUAAUAAGAAAUUGCCAUGGCAACCAGCAUCAGCAAUGGAGGUACCCACGACAUCUUAAGCCACUUAACAGAUAUUGACGUGAAAAGAUCCAAGGCUACAAAGGAUGGGGUUCAGGAAGAGGGGGAGGGGGAAAAAGAGGAGGGAGAUAAAGACUGGAAGGAGAGAUACGUUCUUCUAGAGGAGCAGCUGGAUAAGUUUCGGUUACAGGCCACAAAGAUUCGAGCUGUUCUUGGUGAAAGGAUGGAAGAACUACAGGAGAAGGUCAAGGAGUCUAAUGGAAGGGCUGAAAAAGCAGAAAAAGAGGUGAAGGACCUGACAGAGAAGUUGACAAUGACAAGACGAGGGUCAGGGGAGAGCGAACGCAGCCAGGGUACAACAAAGAGGAUCCAGGCUCUUGAAGCUGCCUGUCAAGAGAAGGAGGAUGUUAUACAACACCUGGAGAUGCAGCUGGCUGAACAGCAUGAAUUACGGAAAGAAGACAGCCGACUGGUGGACACCAAGAUAGCACAGAUUAAGGAGUGGGUUGCGUCCACUGUGAUUCAGUUGGAAGAGGAGAACUCGCAACUACGAGAAGAAAAUAAGCUGCACAUAAUAAGACAUCCCAAACUCGGAGAAAAAAGUAUUCCAAAAGAGAAGUAUCUGCCGCCAUUACGACCAACCUCACUCCUUUCUGAGCCACCAGAUAUUCCUGAUCGUCCAACAUCAGCAAGCAUCAGAGAUCAUCUACAAAACAUCCUGGAUGAGAACAGAACAAUUGAGGAGGUAGAGAUGAGGCCUAAGCCUCCAGUCAGGAACAGGAAGAGUCCAGACGACUCUCAUGUCUCAGCCUUAAUCCAAGUCCAUGAGGAGUUUAUUAAACAGGGCGAGGACAGACCCUUAAGGGAUGAGACGUUCCAGUGUGCAGCUUGCGAGAGGCGGAUGAAGCUCCAAGACUCUUGGAUGUCUGACAAUGACAUGAAUGAGGAGGCAAACAACACAUGGCCACGCAGGCAGCCUCUCCACGCUUAUGACUUCACCAAACAGCACAGCUAUGAUGAGAACGGACACACGGACUCCGCUCCCAAUGACUUUGAUCGCCAUCGGGACAUUAUCGUGCAUUGUGAAUACUGUGGGCAUGACGGGGUACCAGUGCAUGUAGUCACUGAGGAUGACGAUGCAACUAAUUUACCACCGCCAGAUCAGUUCCUAGGAAGCCAGCAAUCACUUAUGUCCAUUUCAGAUAGUUCUCUUGCCCUACAUGCCCCUCCACCUACCCCUGCCUCUCCCAAUACAGGAGGCGGGAAAAGUCUUGCCCAAAGUUUAACUCUCGCCAGCGAAAAUGCCAUGACUCUCAAUAAUAACAAGGAAUCCCUUACAUCACACUCUGUGAAAGUACCAGGUACCCUAGAAGCAUUAGCUGACUCAGUAUCAGCAACAGCUGAUGUUCUCCAGCAAUCCUCCAACAGGAAUAACAACCAAACUCCAUCGCAGAAUGAAGCAAUCGCUGACCUCUCUUCAGACUCUCUGAAAGACGUAUCCUCAUUGCAAAUGGACACCGGGACGACGGCAGAUGAGGAUGACGAAGAUGACGUCUUCCUCAAGGAAGGAUUUGCUCUGGAGUCGAGAAACAGCGACUAUGCUGAUCUCUUCCAAGAGGAGAUUGAGAAACAGAAAUCACCCAAUAAAUCCGAAAGCAAAUAUCAGAGUUUAACUUCCUUCAAUACCAAGGUAAUCCUAGGGAAAGAUGAUGACGACUAUGACGAACCUCCGGAUGAUUUUUUCAGUAUGGAUAGUCCUGAAGAGUCCUCUAAGUCAGUGAGUAAGGUUGCUGAGAAGAACAAACUGACUCCACCUCCUCCUCCACUACACAAGAUGCCAUCUUGGGAGAAUCGGAUUUACACCAUUGCUGACCGUGGAAUGACGAUAUCAUCUAGUGUCAACAACAUGGCAAGCCCAUCUAAAACCUGCCCUGCCCCCAUUUGCCAGUCUUGGGAAGGGUCAAGCACUGCAGCCAUGUACAAAGACAUGGCAGUACCGGUUUAUACCACUCUUCGAGGGCACGCCGAUCAAAUUCGCAGCACGCCAUUCAGCGGGGACUCUUCAGAUUCGUCCGACGAAGAACACUCGGGGUCCAAACUCUCGCAAUCCAUCCAGUCGUCUGGGUCUAUUGGCAGGAGGCCAUCGACUUCAGGGUCACCGGCUAAGAGUAGCAAGACGAGUAGUGUCACAAGUGGCUUUAUUGGUAGCCCGUCCAGGAAACUCAUUGUUGCUACUGGAAUGCCGCCAACCCCAACACUAGGCCAGAAAAGAGGGGUUUCAGCUCAGUCUGGUAGCUCUGAGGCGGAUUAUGCCAUCCCACCUGAUGCAGUCUCAUGCAGUGAUAGUACAAACUCUGAUGAGCCGGAACCUAAACUACUCAAGACAUGUGCUGCAUUCACUGCUGAGAACGUACGCAAGGGCCCUCUGGAAAAGAGUGGUUGGCUGACCAAAUUUGGUGGAAGGAUGAAGAGCUGGAAAAGACGAUGGUUUGUGCUUAGAGAUGGAGAGCUCUGCUACUAUAAAUCAAUGAAUGACUCCAGUAGAAAGCCUCGCGGUAGAAUCCCUCUGGACACGCUGAGUAAGAUCUCUCGCUCAGAGGGCUCGCUGACCUUUGAACUUGUCACUACCAAGAGGACAUACUACUUGACGGCCGGGUCAUCCGCCAUCAUGGAAGAGUGGAUCACAGUGUUGAACAAUGUCUUAUGUCGGCACAACACACGGGCCAUUGUAGAGAAGGGAAGUGAUGAAGGCAAGUCUACUAUGGAAGGCUGGUUGACCAAAGUCAAGAAUGGUCACUCCAAGAUGUGUUGGUGUGUCCUUGCUCAUAAGAAGUUCUGCUACUUCAAGAAACAAGGAGAAAAGGUACCCAUGGGAUCCAUUGAGAUGAACGAAGCAUCAGUAGAAGAAGUUGACCAUUCACAGAACUCUGAUGAUGAAGGGGAUGGCAAGACAGACUGUCAGUAUUCAUUGUGUGUAACACCAGCUAAACGGCCAAUCCAACAGAGCCCGACGUAUCUCAUAUUCACAAGUAAAGAAGAUAAGGAUAACUGGUUAUAUCAUCUGCUAGUAGCAUCAGGAGGAGGUAACUCUGAAACAGGCACAGAGUUUGAAAAGCUUAUCUCUAGAUUAAUGGUAACGGAUGGAGACCCUAGCAGCUCCUGCUGGAAACACCCUAUGCUGUGUUACAACAAGGAGAGUAUAGAGAAACCAUUAACAACAUUGCCCUCUGAACCACUCAAGAAAGAAGCAGUCAAACUAGGAAAGUCGUGCAAUCUCUUCAUCACAGUCCAGAUGGACACUCUCGCUAUCGACUAUCACAUCAGCUUAGCCCAGAAUGCAUUGCAGACGUGCCUCUCUCAUCCCGAGCUUCAGAAUGAGAUGUAUUGUCAACUCAUCAAACAGACGACAAGGUGCCUACCUGGCUCAUCAUCAUCAUCUAGUAUACAGUCCCUGUUUUGUGGUAACUUCUCCUGGUUUGGGUGCGACGCCCAGGUGUCGCGUUCUUCAUCCAUGACUGAUCUGACCUCUGAACCCGUCCAGGUCAGUAGCCACGACACGUACCUGGUCAUGCAGGCAUGGCAGCUCUUGGCGAUGUGCUGUGUGCUGUUCCUGCCUCAGCAGAAGUAUCUCUGGUUUCUCAAGGCGCAUCUAUGUCGACAUGCUGGCACAAAGAAUGACAUUGGCAAGUAUGCUCUGUUCUGUCAGAGGUCAUUGGAACGUACCAUUCACAAAGGAGGGAGGGAAGCCAAGCCAUCUCGCCUGGAGGCGUUGUCUAUUUUACAGAGACACCCAUAUCACCAUUCCUUCCCCAUCAGUAUGCCUGUCCACUCCAUGAAUGGGAACUACCAGGUUGUAGGUUUUGAUGGGUCUACCACAGUGAAGGAUUUACUUAACACACUCAACCAUAAGAUCAACAUGAGAGAUAUUGAAGAGAGUGGGUUUGCACUGUUUACUGAUGACCCCUGUGGCAGAGAGAUUGAACACUGCUUGCAUCCUACAGCUAAGAUUUGUGAUGUGAUUUCCAAAUGGGAACAAACCUUAAAAGAGACUCAGACUGGUAAAUGGGAAACGGCAAGAAUGGUUCGACUCACUUACAAAAACAGGUUGUACUUUCGACAUCGCACAAAGAGGGAGACUGAGCGGGAGCGGCUGCUGCUGACCUACCAGGUUAAUGAUGACAUCAUCAAUGGUUGGUUCCCAAUCAACAGGGAGCUGGCACUGGAGCUUGCUGCACUCAUGGCACAGAUUGAGUAUAGCGAUUAUAGACCCAGUGUCACUAAUCUAGAACUUCCGUCCAUGGGCUCAGCAUCUGUCAGCACUAACCAAACCCUGGAUAGCACAUUUGAAAAAUUCUACCCUAAGAGGUACAAGAAUUGCCUGGAUGAAGAUUUGAGGUCUCUGAAGCAUAGCUUGGCCCAGAAAUGGUGCGUUCUCAAGGGCCGUACCCCUCAAGACUGUGUCCGCAUCUACUUAACAGUCACAAGAAAAUGGCCGCUGUUUGGAGCAAAGCUCUUUCCAGCUAAGUGCAAGUUUGGUAAACAGGAGAAGGUUUGGCUCGCUGUGCAAGAUGGAGGUGUAAGCAUGCUCAACUAUCACACACUGCAAGAGCUCGCUAAACACACGUUUCAGUCCAUGGUCACAUUUGGUGGUUGCAGAGAUGACUUCAUGAUAGUGCUUAGCCGAUCAGUGACAAAAGAGGUGCUACGAGAACAGGGAACAGAAAAACUACUCUUCUCUAUGACUAAAACAAAGGUCCUAGAGAUUACAUUACUGAUAGCCAGUUACAUCAACGCCAUCGUCAAACAAGAAGGCCUGACGUACAAACCCACCAGUGACUCUACAGCCCCUCUUGAUACCACCACCUCCUCUUCCACCGGUAGCGGCGGCUCCACCUCAUGUGCCACCACCAAGGUAUGGGACCUUGAGAGCUCCACUGGACCAAUUGUUGUCGGCGGGAGCAGGAUUGUUUAAAUCUCUCUUCAUGAAGCAUCUACAAACUCAGGAAAGCUCGGAACGGUCUCUGGGUGGAUUUUACAAAGAGUAAAGACUAGUCUUAUCUAGACUUGACUAGCCUUAAGUUUUAAAUAUCUAACUCUUUGUGAAAUCGGCCCUAGGUCUUUAUGCAAGGAGGUAACAUUCCUAUUUAGGAAUGUUCGAGAUGAACAAGGAACUUGCGUAUGAACAUCAACUGUUCCUGUUAUAGGAGCAGGUAUGUUCUUGGUAGAAACCUUGGUUGCUCCUGUCAAGUACCAGUGUUUCUGAGUGGAAUGUUCUAAUUACAACAAGAUUGUUCUGAGUUUUGAAGAUGCUCCUUCACUCCUAGAAAUCCACCCUCCCUCCCCACCAUGCCAUGACGCCUGUAUAAGGUUUCCGGUGUACACAUUACUGACAUAAUUACUUGAAUACUUUUACUUCAUACUUCCUGCGAAUGCGCAUGCGAUACCAGUCUUUGAUGUCACAAAAUUGCAGCAAUUAAUUUGCAUCUGUUGACUUGUGCUCCUGCGAAACAUUCACUGUGAAAACAGCCCUGUGACGUGAAAAUUCGCUUUGCAUCCGCAGGAAGUAUGAACCGGGCUUUACCCUCAGUUUGGUUGUAUGCAUUUAGCAUCGGAACAAAAAUCACGACUGUUCUGUUUUAACAAAAGUCAUGACCCAGGAGUGAAAAGGAUUAUGGGUAUUCAAGUUCAUGACCUACCUCCUUGAGAUACCAGUUAGAACUGGCUUUUGUUCAAGUAUGGUUUACACUAUUGAAUCGUGUAACCUUUAUCCGGAAAGUUGUUUGUCCUAAUUUCAGUUUUAUAAAGACAUUUAACUUGUACCUCUUGGCCCAGCAUCCAAAUUUUUAGAGCAAAGGAUUUGCAAAUGUGUGCACAACUGAUUGCCCUAGCUACUAUGAGAUUGGCACAGGUAAUCAUGGUAAUGUCAAUCCGUGCUUUGUUUGCCAGGCUCAAUGAUGUCGUAGUAGAGAAUGAAGAGGUAUAGUCAAACAAAUAUAAAUCACAGGCAUAUUACUCGGCUACAAGUAGCUGCUUAUUACAAACCAUGGCAGUUGUUUGCUUAAUUGAAACCAGGGCCCAAUUUCAUAGAGCUGCUUAAGUACAAAAUUUUGCUUAAGCUAAAACAUCCUUGCUUAUUAAAAUCAGAUUACUUGCCAAGACUCCACUAAAUUGUUAUGCUAAGUAAACCACAGCUAAAUACCAGUCACAAGCAAUGUAAAUGGCAUGAAAUUUUUGCCAGUG